UCAGGGGUGAACCGUGUCCUUAUCUAAAUAGUGAACAUACGCUCUGAUCAGAUCUGAAGCAGACCGUUUAGCUGUUUUUCUCUUGUUUGUCUUCCAGUUAAUGGGGCCUACUGCUCGGAGAAGGAUGCCAGCUCUGAGCUGAGCAGUGCCGAGGGCACCCUAAUGCGAUGUGGGCAGAGCCUGCCACUGCCAGCGGGGGGCCAUUCAGAAGGGCUCUACCCCCCGAGCCUCCACUGCAGCAGACCAGCAUCCGACCUCCUUCUGCAGGAUGGCCCGCACCACGAAAGCAGAAGCACCUCCGCCUUCCAGAGAGCCCCGCCUGGUGCCAACAUGGCUCGCUCCUCUGCCCCUUACCCGAUUAAGCAGGAGAACUCAAUCGGACACAAGACCGCCGGCGUUCAAGGCCCGUCUCAGGCUGCGUUCCAGGCCUGUAGGGCAGAUCAAGCUUUGGAGGCAUCGAGAGACGAUGUGGCUACGGCCCUGCAUGCUAGCACUAACGGUAACAGCGUAUGCACGGCGAGCUGUGCAGGUAGUGCAGUGUCAGGAGACGCGGUGCAACCUUUUAAUAAUGGAGAUGGCUCCUCCCCACUGGCUUUGUCCCCAACUGGCUCCCAUCAUUCAGCGCGUCUGCUCAGUGCUAGCGAUGUGAAGAGACGCUGCCUUUCCCUGGCCUCACAGUCCACUGUCGCUGCUGGCACCAGCAGCGUCGCCCCAACGGGUUCCCCAUCAGCCACUGGCACGACCUCCAAGGAGAUCAAUAUCACCGCAGCCGUCUGCUCCUCCUCCCAGAUGUCGAUGGUUGCCUGCGUCAACGGAUUCCGCGCUAACCUCUCCCCCAGCAACGCUAGCAGCGCCGGCUUGUCUACAUCGUCCUCCUCCUCUUCUUCUACAUCCCCACCCUCUAUCUGCUGCCAGCGGGAGGCAGCCCGGAGACCCCCACGUCACAGCAGCCCCCAGCAGUCGUCACUACAGGAGAGCUGUCAACUGUCUUCACCUGCCACCUGCCUCCUGUCCCUGUCUGCGUCCUCCUCCUCGUCCUCUUCUUCGGCGUCAUUAGUGGAGCCGGAGACAGGCCUAGGGCAGAGCCUGGGGCUUUGCGAGGAGCAGGUCCCCAUGCUGCGGGGGCUUGGGGCUGGAGGAACGGCCGAGGAAAGUGAAGAGAGAGGCUUGGAUGGAUUGGGACUACUGAUGAGUGGGGCCCUUAUGUCAGGGACAUUGAGCUCCAGUUCUGACGCUGGUUGCCUGUUGGAUGGAGGUCAAAGAUGUGGGGCAGCUCUCAAGCAGGAACCUCUUGAUGACUUCUCUCCAAGUGAAGACGAACUCUUCCAGCACCACUAUCACCACCAUCAUCACCUAAGUGGUCGCACUGGGCACCACCGUCACACCCCCCACCCAUCUCGAUCUGCCAUGCCUCCUCCCUAUCACCUGCACCAAUACCCGGGCCCCAGUCAUGGGGGGCCACUGCAGCACCAGAGUCAGCAGACAACACAAGCCUCCUCUCUGGCAUUAAAACAAACCUCGGGAGGCCCCCCCGCCACCCACACGGCCUCGGAGCAUGAAGAAGUCAGAGGAGGAGCGCAGACGGAUAGGCAGGUGUGUCGCUGGAUCGACUGCAGCGCCGCUUACGAGCAGCAGGAGGAGCUCGUCAGGCACAUUGAGAAAGUCCACAUUGACCAACGCAAAGGAGAGGACUUUACCUGUUUCUGGGCCGGCUGCAUUCGCCGCUACAAGCCCUUCAAUGCCCGUUACAAGCUGCUGAUUCACAUGAGGGUCCACUCGGGGGAGAAACCCAACAAGUGCAUGUUCGAGGGCUGUAACAAAGCGUUUUCCCGCCUGGAGAACCUGAAGAUACACCUGAGGAGCCACACGGGCGAGAAGCCGUACCUCUGCCAGCACCCUGGCUGCCAGAAGGCAUUCAGCAACUCCAGCGACCGAGCCAAGCACCAGCGCACUCACCUGGACACGAAACCAUACGCGUGUCAGAUCUCGGGCUGCACCAAGCGCUACACGGAUCCCAGUUCUCUACGCAAACACGUCAAAAUCCACUCAGCCAAAGAGCAGCAGGUGCAUAAGAAGCUGCGGCCCUGCCCACACCUGGAGCAGGAUGUCCUCGGCGACUGUCUCUCCAUGCAGCAGCUGCAGAGCUCCAGCUCCUCGCUCCAGAUCUACAACGGCAAAGAUGUUCGUUCCCCCGCACUCUGUCCAGACAUCUUCACAGGCCUGUACGCUGGCUCCAGCAACCCCCAUCAGAGCGCCUCGGUGGAGCUCCUCUCCCAUGCCCCCAACCCUGCCUCCGUCACAGACCUGCCCUCCCGACAGCACCGCCUGGAUCGGGACCUCGGCAGCCCUCAUCACCUGUCCCCUCUGGCAUCCAUGGAUGGCGCAAGGGACGGCAGGCUGUCAGGCCCCCUCCUGUCUCCUGGCAUGAAGGCAACAGGAACUCCUCCUCCUCUUUCACAGGAGAAACAACAUGCUCACUCUCACCACAAGCCCUACCCACAUUACCACCAUCAACAACAUGCCACUGACGAAUACCAAGCCAGCUUUCAGAGCUGCUUCCAUUUUGGAGACUCCUACAGGAUGGAGCAGACGGUCGGCGGCGUCCACGUCCCAGGAGAUGCUCACAACUACUCCUCCCAUCAGCACAAUGGCUUUCACAUGCCCACCAGCAACACUGGACCUACAGGAUUCGGCGGGACCCAGGAGCUGCAGGGGGGCUCGGGAUGCCAGUAUUCCUCCAGCACCGACGACAGCAUUUUCUUUCAGGUGGGCAGCUUCGACCGCAACUUGAGCCACGUGUCGUCGGUCUACACAGAAACAUAGAUCCGAACUUUGUUUUUUUUGUUGCGCCACGCUGCACAACCGCCCACCAAUGCGCAUCUUCAUCUUCAGCCCCUGUUUCUUUUCCCAAAAGUGAAAUCAAAACCUCUUCUAAGGUCAUUCUGACGUAUCCACCAGAUAGUAACCAACUGAACUAAACAAACGCCAUAGCCUGUAAAAAUGGUACCUGAUGCACUGCCUGAUUUAAAGGUAUAAAAACACAAAUCGCAAUUAGGCAUAGACGCCUACAAAAGCUUUACAUACCCCUUCAACUUUUCCGCAUUUUGUCAAAUUUGUCAGAGACCGACACAAAGUAGUGCAUGACUGUGAAAAGGAAGUUUGUCUUCAUCUCCCUUUAUUCUCACACACCUAACAAAGAGAUUUCUCCCAUAUCCCAGAAGGUCCAGAUCUAAACAUGAAGAAGACUUUGAUACCAAAUUUAACUUUUCUGCUACAGACAUUACUCUGUUGUAGCAGAAAACUAACACCGUAGCGUGCACGUCUCCAAAUACAUCAUCCUUACCGUGAAACAUGGUUGUGGCAGCUUCAUGGUGUGCUCAUAACCUUCCUCAUCUUAACCAGGAAUAUUUGUCAGAGUUGUUGGGAAGAUGGUGGGACCUAAAUAGAGCACAAGAAAAACUGUUAAAGUUUGCAAAAGACUCGAAACUGGAGCAAAGGCUCAUCAUCCAGCAGCACAGCGACCCUGAACAGACAGUCAGAGCUGCCAGGGAAUGGUUUAGGUUUAGAUCAAACCAUAUUUGUGUCUUACAAUGGCCUAGUCAACAUCCAGAUCUAUAUCCAACUGAGAACCUGCUGCAACAAUUGCUACUGUUCACAGACACUCGAAUCGGACUGAACUUGGAUUAUUGCACAAGAAAUACUGGACAAAGGUUUUCUUAUCGAUAUGUGAAAACGGUGACAAACAUACCAACAAAAGACUUGCAGUGGUCACCGUAUCAAAAGGUGAUUCUACAAAUUAUUGAUUCAGAUGGGCAGGUUAGAAAUGCAGUUUGUAGUUGUACAAAAAUAUAGAUUUUUCCUCCUCUUCCCAAUUAUGCACUACUCUCUGCUGGUCUGUCACAUAGAGGUUGGUUUUCUUUCGUAACUUACUUAACCCUUUAACCGUCACGUCCAAGUCAUGUAAUCCACUGGGUCCCUGAGGACGCCGGUGUCCUCAUGACAGCGAAGUGGAAAAGUUCAUGGGGUAUUGAUACUUUUGCAGGCACUGGUUCGGUUAUUCAUCUCCACAUAAAUUAUUAAAGAAAAUUAGGUUAAUUUGUGAAAUAAAUCUUGCUGUAGAAACUGUUUUAAAGGGCAGCUCAAGUCGAGUUUAUUUGUGUAGCACAUUUCAGCAACAAGGAAUCAUUCUUUGAAUGAUUUACAUGAUAAACACAAGUGGUUAUAUUGGGAGUAGAAAAUGAUGAACAAACAUCACAACUAAAAAAUUGUAAUUUGAAAAGCUAGUUUAAGUGAAAUAUUGGUCUUUUUUUUUUCCAAUUUGAGGCUGCUUUAGAUCUGAGGUUUGAUUUCAGCCAAUUUAUUGUUACCAGGCAGAAAACUUGACAAUGUCUAGCAAAAUAAAAUCCACAUAUUUCUCCUUUCGCCCCCCACCCCAUCUCAAAUUCAGCUGCAUCAGCAAAAUCGAAGUGAACAGAUAUGGUGAAUAGAUCUCACAACUCGAGGCAGAAAUUUGAAAUGCACAAUGUUUACAUGGACAGUUUUGUUCUGGAAAUGUAUUUGAGCAAAGUUCUCAUCCGUUACUGAAACUAAUUACAACAGAACCAGACUGUCUUCAGUUCAAAGUAUGAAUUUCCAAAUAACAUGAGAUGUGUUGUUCACCAUUUGAACCACAUUUUUUUUUUCUCUUUAAUCUACAGCUUCUGUUUGUGGACUGAAGUGUAAAAUAUAUCAAUUUGCUGUGAUGUUUUUAUCAGUGACAAAAAAAAGUUCCAUUUCUGUAAGUGUUAAAUGUUUUCUUCCUGUGUUUGAAUUUUAUUUUAUUUGUUUGUUUUUUUUUUUGUGGAGGGAGGUUUCUGGCUCAUUAGUCCUGUAAUACUGCAGAGACAGCCAGGCCUCCAAUUAUAAUGAUUAUCAUUAUUAAUAAUAAUAUUAUGUGUAUAAAAUGUACAGUUUGUUUACAACAACCAUUUGAGUGUCAUUUAAGAAAAUAAAAUCACACAGAGGAGAUUGAAACAGUUCAUAUCGUUUAUAAGUAUGUUCAGAAAAAAAAA